AUGAUUCCAGGGAUGGUGAUUCGGAGGCCUGGUCAAGAUACCAGUGAUAAACUCCUCAUCUACGUCCGCCCGUUCCAUCUCAGCGUUUCGCUUGUCAUCGGAGCGAAUUUGAUUUUGUUUGGCCUGGCAUUCGGAUUUGCUUCCCGCAUUCACGAUAACAUGCCAUAUACGUCUAACGCCUUAUAUAUCCAGGAUGCCCUUUGGAUUUUCUUCGGUGCCCUCGUCCAACAAGGGCAUCCGAAGGAACCACGGUGGCUUAGCGGACGGAUGAUGUUUGGCUUGUUUUGGGUGUCGUGUGUGAUGAUGUAUGCGGCAUACAGCGGGACUUUAGCAUCCUAUUUGACGGUCACGAUCACCCCCUCGCCCAUCAAUAGCCUGGAAGACCUCGUCUCCUCCGACUACAAAUUCGGCUUCUAUCCUGGCAGCGUCUAUUCCCGCGCCUUCAACCAUUCCACGGUUCGAGCUCAUAAGGAGGUGCACCUACGGUGGCGGGAAUUCCAUGAAGAUCUUAAAUUUCUUCGUCACAAAGAUGUACCCGAUCAGGUGGCUGCUGGAGGAUAUGCUUUCAUCGCAGACCUCUCAACUCUGAAGCAGAUGAUGAUGUCCAGAUGCGACUUGAUGCUUAAGCCGUUUUCCAUGAAGAUGAACAACGGAAUCAUCCUUCAGAAGAACUCCCAAUACGCCUCUGCCAUCUCCGCCCAGAUCGUCCUCGCUCUCUUCCUCACACCCUUUGAUGCAUCGUCCAGCACCCUCAAUGCAGUUGGGUCCUUUCGCUUCGCUGACCGCAUCCUCCUCUCAGCCCAUUAUUAUAUUUUCUGAGACCUAGAAGCGACAACAUGUGAUAUCGGUAUCGCAAUGUACUUAUACGUGCAUAUUCUGCUUCUGAUGGGGACGCAGGUCGUGAUCUCUACCCAAUUCACCGGAGACGUCGUCCUGCUUAGAGAAGAUUGCGGGAAUGCGACCUUUGGAGCCGGUCCUGCGUCAUUUCCUGACAUGAAAUUCCCUGCCUGGUUGCCUUGUGUCACGAAUGAUCCGAUGCAACGGAUCAUGUCGGAUUGGAAGGGUUAUUUGCAUGUGAUAGCAGCUCUGAAAUGCAGAAGCCUUCAAAGAGCUGAGAUUGGUUUCUCCGCUCUCACCACCGUGAAUGUGUACCCAGUCCCCAUCGACACACCGUGGUGCCACCUGGAACACCCGACACCUUUCCUGGAUCCAAGUACCCUCCUGGACGUGACGAGAGCCUGGGCAGCACACGAGGGUCUCGGUCAUGUUUUUAUUUUAACCGACGAAGAGAACGAGAUCAUCUGGAAAUAUUCUCUUCUCCCCGAGCUCAUGCGGCCCGAAGACAUCGGAUUCACGCACGUAAAGCCUGGGCAGCACACGAGGCUCAUGCGGCCCGAAGACAUCGGAUUCACGCACGUAGCAUUUAGGAAUUUCUCACUUUUUCCGUGGGAAAGGCUGAGAAGGACAGAAGGAUCCCUCAUGGCUCUUCUCGUGAAGCAGGAGCUCAUCCAGCAUCUUCUGUUUGAGGCAGACUCGAAGGGGAUGUUGAAUCACUUCUACAACUGGCUCUUCGUCAUCCCAAACCAAACUUCAGUGUCACCGAGGAACUUUUAUUCGUCUCCCAUGAGGUUAGGCAGUCGGGUCGCCUUCCUCACCUACCCUCAGGAGAGAGAUCUGAAGCAGCUGGUGAGUUCUCAUCCUCCCGAAGAUGAUUUUCUUCUUUGGAUGAGAGUCAUGAUUGAGGAACCGGAGAUUCGAAGUAUCGGAUUCUGGUCUCGGUCUCAAGGUCAGUUCAUCAUCAAUGCCACGAAAUCGAGUCGAUAUGAUGUGCGAGUGGAACUGCUUCGUAUCACCGCCAUUCAUACCCCUCCAUUCGUCUAUGUUCGGAACGAUUCUGGACUGGUCCGUUUUGAAGGGUUCCUUGUUGAUGUGGUGAACCAUCUCUCCCAAACACUCAACUUCACAUACGAGUACAGAAUAGUAGCAGAUGGGAAAUUCGGAUCGCAAAACGAGAAUGGGUCGUGGAAUGGGAUCGUGGGAGAGGUGAUGAACGGAAAGGCGGACCUGGGUCUUGCGAAUCUCGCCCGAUCAAUGGAACGAGAAACCGUCGUCCACUUCCCUUCUGUAGAUGUCGCCAUCGAACGAAUGGGGAUGGUGAUUCGGAGGCCUGGUCAAGAUACCAGUGAUAAACUCCUCAUCUACGUCCGCCCGUUCAAUCUCAGCGUUUGGCUUGUCAUCGGAGCAAAUUUGAUCUUGUUUGGUGUGGUAUUUGGGUUUGCUUCCCGCAUUUACGACAAGAAGCCGGUUACGUCUGACGCUUUAGAUUUCGAGAAUGCCUUUUGGAUAUUCUUCGGUUUCCUCGUCCAACAAGGGCACCCGAGGGAACCAAGGUGGCCGGGCAGGCGGAUGAUAUUCGGUUCGUAUUGGUUGUCCUGUGUGGUGAUGUUUGCAGCAUACAGCGGAAUUUUAGCAUCCUAUUUCACAGUCACGGUCACUCCCUCUCCAAUCAAUAGCCUGGAAGACCUCGUCUCCUCUGACUACAAAUUCGGCUUCCCUCCUGGCAGCAUCUUUGCCAGCGCCUUCAAUCAUUCCAAGGAUCCGACUCAUAAGGAGGUCUACCAGCAGUGGCUGAAAUUCCAGGAAGGUGAUCAAUUUGUUAAAUACGAAGCUGCACCCGAUCGAUUGUCUGCUGGAGGAUAUGCUUUCAUCAGUGACCUCUCCAAUUUGGAGCAUAUGAUGAUGUCCAGAUGCGACUUGAUGCUCAUCAAGGUAUUUUCCAUGCAAAUGAACAACGGGAUCAUUCUUCAGAAGAACUCUCAAUACGCCUCUGCCAUCUCCUCCCAGUGA